AUGAAUGUUUCCAUCCGAUUGAUAUGGCUUGUUUCGGUCAAUGUGAUGUUGUUAUCCAUUGUACAUGGUCAAAUGUCCAAUAAUCAUCUGGAAUAUAAAGGUGCUCACAUUGGAAAACUUAAUUCAUACGCUCAUCAAGUAUCGGGCGAACUUUAUGCUAUCGAUGAACGAACCAUACUUAUUAAAGAUUUUUUCUACGAUGGUCUUGCUUCCGAUGCUUAUUUCUGGGUUGGUGCUACUGUAUUGCCUAGUAAUGUUGGUUUUAUUGUACCCGAUGAAACGGGUAGAACGAAUAAAUUACGUCAAUAUAUUAAUCGUAGCAUAAGGAUACGAUUACCUGAUGAUAAAACCAUACAUACGAUACGUUGGUUUGCCAUAUGGGAUAUUCGUUCACAGAAAAAUUUUGCUGAUAUUUUCAUACCGGAAGGAUUCUUACCGCCUGCACCACAAACGAUAGCUGAAUUCUCACAACUAUCCAAUGGAAUCGAAUCCGAACCUUUAGUUAUUGUGGAUGCUAAAACUAUACGGAUACCAUCUUUCACAUAUGAUGGAUAUCGGAAACAAGCUUAUUUCUGGGUAGGCCAAGGACCACAACCUAAUUCGGCUGGUGAACGAAUACCGAAUGAACUUGGAUAUCUCGAACCAUUAGGACCAUAUCGAAAUGAUUUACUCAUCCUUGAAUUGCCCGGCAAUAUGACCAUAUUUGAUAUCAACUAUAUUUCAGUUUGGGAUCAAGAACUUUCGGAAAAUCUAGGCUCAGUCAUUAUACCGGCAGAAUUAAAUAUACCACCGGCACUAACAACGGUGAUCAAAAUUGAAUCACGUUUACCAAAUUGUGAACAACUUCAUCAACGACUACAGGUUAAUUGGGAAGUGUUUGGUCCUCAGAUCACUUUCGAAUUGAUUGGUCAAUUGAAAAAAGAUGAUUAUAUGGCAUUCGGUAUUUCUGGAUCCAAUAAUUCAAGCCGUAUGAUUGGUUCAGAUGUUGCUAUUGCAUAUAUGGAAACACAUUUAGGUUUUACACGUGAUUAUAACAUUACCGGAACUUUCCCUUGUACAAAUAUAUUGGGCCAUUAUCGUGGUGUAUGUCCAGAUGAAAAAGUGGGUGGUGUAGAUAAUUAUCAAGUGAAUCUAUUCGAACGACAAGAUUCUCUGACACGGAUAACCUAUCGACGUAAUCUACAAAAUGUUGGCGACGAAGGAGAUCGAAUUUUAGACAAAUCAAAAACUACGUUUAUUGUAUGGGCUGUUGGAAAACUAACACAAACGACUAUGAAACAGCCAGGAUUUCAUUAUCUUUAUCCUAAACAUGAUAAAUCGAUUGUAUUUGGCCGAAAAGCUGAACGUAAUUGUUUUCAUUUCACAACACCUCGAUCCGAUCUAUUGGAACAAUCACAGCAACAGCAACAACAACAAUCAUCUAAUCCGAUUUUGUCACAAACUUCAUCGUUGAUCACAAAGCCAUGGGGUCCAUUACGAUUGUUGAAUCGAACUAUGACCACAUUCUAUGCACGAUUAGGUGAUUCUGGUGGUCUUCGUGGUUAUUAUGGUUCCACCGGUCAAGCAUCACCUAAUCUUGUUUGGUAUAUAAAUGGUUUAUUAGCACCUAUUCUUUACGUAAAACGUGGCCGUACCUAUACGUUCAGAGUGGAAGGUGGAAACAAUCCACAACAAGCUGAAUUAUAUAAUCCAUUGUACAUAACUAAUGAUCCACACGGUGGCUACACAGAAUUAACCGAAAUUGAACGAAAACGAUUCACCGUUUAUGCAGGUGUUGAAUUUGAUCGUCGAGGUAGACCUAGUCCUACAUCGGCUGGUCGUUUGUGUGUAUGGCGUAUACCAUCAUCAACAACAUCUAACGAAACGUAUGAUAAUAGCGAUAGCUAUUUUGAUAAACGUCGAGCUGAUACGAAUCGUUAUUUGAAUUUUAUUCAAUAUCGAAAUCGUUUACAAUUCUAUUGUGAUUCAACUACUAGUGCACAGAUUUUACAAUGGACACCGAAUGCAAGCGUACCGGAUAUUGUUUACUAUCAAUCAUACACACAUCUUCAAACAAUUUUGUAUCUACAUCGGCUAUAA